AUGGAGGCCAAGAUAUUCAGGUUUCUGAAGCUUGUCGGAGUUGGCUUCAAAGCAAGGACAGAGCGUGAAGGCCGCGAAUUGUUUCUGAAACUUGGUUACAGCCACGAGGUGCAGUUCACUGCUCCACCUGCUGUUCGCGUCUUCUGCUUCAAGCCCAACUUAAUUUGCUGUACUGGUAUCGACAAGAACCGGGUGCACAACUUUGCUGGCGCUGUUCGGAACUGUAAACCUCCAGAAGUAUACAAGGGGAAAGGCAUAUUGUACAUUGAUGAAGUUAUAAAGCUGAAACCAGGGAAGAAGCAAAAGAAGUAA